AUGACAGAAUAUGGAUUCUUAUCAUAUGCAGUUCUCUCACCAUGCUUCUUUUGCUGCACGUUGCCUUCUAUUGCCUAAGACUGCUGUUAUGUGGCCCUUUAGACAGUGAGCUGUGGUAGUCGAAGUGGUAGUCGCAGUGGUGGGUCUCUUUUCCUGUUGCUUGUCUUCUAUCAGCUAAAUUAUAGGUAAAACGACAACGAGAUACUACCACAUGGAAACCUCUUUAUAUCGGGACCUCUCGCCAAUUCGAUACUAGUGCAGAGGACAUUGGUCUUGGUAGAUGUGGUAGCUAGAGAGUUAAUGCCCUAGGGAAGAGUGUGGGCGAAUAACAAGACUCAGAACCCAUUUCUUACGCCAUAUGUCCACAACUUGGGAUGCGAAAUGCAGGCGGGCACUGCCCCCUAUCCUACGCCCGCAUGCCCUCCACUUCCUCCUGCUUCUGCCCGCGAGUACUGCAAGCACAGUUGCUUGCGUGUGAACCUUCGCAGUGA